AAAUUGUUAUUAAAUAAAAAUAGUUGAAGAAAUACAACUCAAAUUAACAAUAGCCACAAACAUUGAUUUGAUCCAUGUAAUGAGAACGAGCAGAACCGUAGAGGCAGGGAGUUUACUGUAAAUCUAUAAGAUUUCAGUAAUAAAACAGGAGAAUAUGGAGAAAAACAGCCCAGAUCAACAUAGAGUAAAUGAGUUAAUAGAGGAUCUCAAAGUCGUGUAGCUUUCAGCCUAGGAAGACAAUAAACGGAAGAAACCAAGGACUGAACGUCUAUUUCUUUGAAACUAAUGGAUUUUUUUUUUUAAACUUGCAACAUUAUUUCACACUAGAUCCCUUACCAAGACUGUCACUAAAAAAAAUUAAACCUCUAUUUGGCUCAAAAGUUUACGUUUCAGGAACAAACUAACACCAGUAACCGUGAACAUCAGGUGGUUUCUCUUUGUUGCUUAUGGAUGACACAGCUUUCUUCCCGACCGUCCGCAACUAAUUACAACCCAACUGCUUGCCUAAUGGCCUGUUCCUACCUCCACCUAAACAGUAGUAAAGAAGCGAGGGUACAAGCAGCCCAAAGAGGGUCCUUGCAGACAGAGAGGGGCGUCAGGCAGAGGGUCGCGAGGGUCUGGCUGCGCAGGGGAGAGGUUCGGGGGGACGAGUGGGGCUGGGCGGCUGGGGCCUGCUGGCCGCGUCCCUCGCCCGGAGCCGAGAGAUUUCGGCGGGGCUCGGGGCGCUAUGAAGACCAGAGCCAGACAGUGCCUCUGGCCCGGGUGCCGGGAGAGGCAGCGUGGGGCAAGGCCCGCUUUAUCUCAAACGGACAGGGGACAGCUACGGGCCGGCAGCUCGGGCCUCUGAGGAACGGAGGAAAGGUUGGGGCGCCCGGGCCUGAAGGAACAGGGCGCUGAGGGUCUGCAUGGCCCCUGUGGAGGAUCUGGCGGCGGAGUCGCAGCCCUCCCUGGGGCGCGGGGUAGUAGUGGCAGUUGUGCAAGCCGACAGGCGCCCGCGUCUCGGGGAGGGCGGGCCGGCGGCUGAGGUAUAGAAGAGGAUGAAGGUAGGCCGGAGGGGGGUCCCGGACGCCUCUCGAGCCCCUGCCUCCUUCACCUGCCACGAACACCACGAAGACCGCGCCGCUCCUUUUGGCCGUCGCGAUGGCGGCCGGAAUGGCGCCCUGGAACCACAGCAUCGCUCCCUUCGGGCCCAGCCGCUCGCUCGGUGUGUAGUCUCCGCAGUCCCGGAACCGGCUCCGCCCUCCGUCUUCGUCCGGCUCUGCGGCCCCCGCAACCUCGGCUGGUGCGGCCCCCACCUCCGGCUCAGCACAAGCGCGCAGGCCCGUCAGCGCCACCCGGUGACGCGCGCUAGCGCACGCGAGAACACCCCACGUCACAUGACGCAACCCGUCGCUGUUCGUGCCCCAGGGCCUUCUCUCUUUGGCGAGUAAGUAGUGCGUGCGCGUGCCCGCUAGGCCUCCGGCCGCGCAGUCCAGGAAGUGGAGGAAGGCGGUGGGAAGGAUGACUAACCGCUACGAUACGUCGGCGGCGCCUGCAGUGAGGCAUGAUGGGAAUUGUAGUCCACUUAGGCUUAUUCGCCUCCAUAUUGUGGAGCAUGUAACUGUGGGUUCUGAGGCACGGCUAAAGGGGGCAGUAGUGAGGGCCACUACACAUUCUGUAAAGGGGAGAGGGAGAAAGAGAAGUGUCACUCCGACUGGCAUAUUCUAUUCUCAGCCUCGUUGAGACUCCAACUGUGGAAGAAAUCGUCCUCGCAUGGAACUAAAUGGGCUUUGUAGGGAUUAACUCCGAGGCUUUGCUUUCUUCUGAACGUAGCCCAACCUUGUAGAAACGCAGGAUACACAUCGCAAGUCACCUUCUGUAAUAACCUGUAGUCCAUGUGCCUAAGCGGAGGAAUUGGUAGCACGCAGGCCUUAAGCAAUUUCCUAGACACUGGAUAGAGAUCAUUCCAAAACUUCAAAACCCGUUAGGCUAUUGCCACAGCUACUUUUUAAAGUAACACAAAAGCAGAAAAUAGAUUAUUUUCCAGCUACUUUCCAUGGUAAUACAAAAGAGACUAGAUAGUGAUUUAUUUUCCAAUUUUCUGGGAGCAUGUCCUAUAAUCAAGAUGUGGCGCUUUGUGGUUGGCUGCCAUUAAAUGAAAACUGAUCCAUAUUUCUUUCAUGAAAAAACAUGGUCCGUAAUAACUAUUAGCUAAAGGCUUGCAUGGUUUAUUUACAGUUGCAUAUACUAUUAUGUUAAAUUCUACAUCAAUUAAAUUUAUCUUCCA